GAUGACAGCAUUCACUGUGGCAAAAUCAUCUCCUAGCAAAAGUGAUGUCAAGAAUGCUUCCCUUGUGAUGAAGAGCAGACAGCAGGUUCUGAAUGAGGUCAACAAGCGGAGGACGCUCUUGCAAGACAGCAGCUGGAUAAAGAAACAACCAGAAGAGGAAACCAUUGAAGAAAACUAUGGUAGAGCUGUUCUUAGUCAAUACAAGUCACAAGACAGUUUACACAGGAGCACGGAUGAAAAGGAAGAACAGAAAGCUUUCAUUAGCCGUUAUCAAUCGGAUACUACUUUAAAUAGAAUUUCUGACAGGAAUAAUGCUGACAGAACAAAUAAGCUUCCUGCCUUGGAUAGCAGGCCAAAUAAUGGCAGGGAAUCUGUUGUAUCUGGGAACAUGGACAAUGCCGCAUCUCCUGUGAAGAAGAAAAGGCAAUCAUGGAUGCCUCCCCCAGUUCCAGGUCAGAAGCCCACCACUGACCACAUGGAACAACAACACAAACGGCAGUCUUGGACUCUGCCCAGUACAGCUGCAGUGGUCGUCACAAGCGAUAACAAACAGGUGGCCCUUACUUCAGACAAGCCUGGAGGUCAAAAGAUGACCGUACACUCAUCGAGGCCAAUUACACCUCCGAAGCCAAAUAAUGCUGCGAAUGACCAACUCAGAACAAGGCAAAUAUGUCCAGCAAAACCCAGUGAAUCAAAUGCUGGCAGAACCACCACUGCAGAGAAGACUGAGAGAAGCCAAGGCCUGGACAGUCUCAUCCAAGUCAAAGCUGCAGGUGAUAAAAGUGAAAAGGGAAGUCAGGAUUUGGACAAUCUCAUCCAAGUCAAUCCCGUGAGCAACAAGAAUCAAAAGGGAACCCUUGAUGAUCUCAUCAAAGUGAAUUCUGCAUCUAAUGGAUAUAACAAAGGAGGAAGAGAUCUUGAUGACUUCAUUGAUGUCAAUAACGCCGCAUCACAAAACAAAAGAAGCCAAGAGCUCGAUGACCUCAUUGUAAUAAGACCUCUUACUGUGGAUCAGAAUAAAAAGUGGGUAUCUGAACAAGACUGUGAAUCGGCCAAUACUCCAGACAAACGUUUGGAUACCAACCAUUCAUACCAGGUUACAAGGGGAUCCAGCUAUAAUGCCUCGAGCAGUUGCUCACAUCCAAAGGACACUAUUGUGUACACAAGGACAUUUGAGAAUAGCCAAUUUCCCCAUGAUGCGUAUGAAGACACCUUCCAUGGCAAAUCUAUUAAAACUGUUUACUCAACUUCUGACAGGACUGUUAUUGAAAAAGACAUGUGCACAUUCUGCCGGAAGCCCCUGGGCACAGACACGAAGAUGGUUCUGGAUGCCUUGCAGAUCAGCUGUCAUGCAACUUGCUUCCGGUGUGAAGUCUGCAAAGGCCCUCUGGAAAACCUGAAGGCAGGAGACAGUAUUUGGAUUUACAAGAACACAGUGCACUGCGAGCCCUGCUAUUCUAAAGUGAAAGCAUCGUGGAUCAACUAAUUUUGACUUACUGGCUUAGGUGUGAUCUCAUAUGAUUAGCUAUGCACAUUUAUCUUUGGAAAGCAUAUACUUUCGGGGAGGGAUAACUGCUGUUUCCUACAAGCAAUUACAAACUGUAGUCAGUUGUAGAGAAGAAGAAACUGAAACUAUACCCAGAUUCUGAAAGAGAAGAAAUGAUAUAUGGUGGCCCUUGGUAAGAAGAGGUCUGCAGUAGCCACAAGAAGAGGAUGUCUCGAGUAUAUUGUAUGAAGAUACCUGAUUAAGCUCUGAAGAACGUGUAUUCUGUUUUCUGUUCUUUCAUGUAUAGUCCAUACCUACACGAUGACUGUCUUGUGUGAAUGAACCAUUGCAGAUCUGAUACAACAGACAGCAUGCUAUCACCUCCUGUGCAGUCAGC